AUGGCAACUACCAACAACGUUCAGGGAGACGAGCUGCGACCCACUACCCUGGAGAGGCAGGUCCAAACCCUCAUGACAACAGUGGAACGUCUCACCAAACAGAAUCAGGACCUUGAAGAACAGCUACGGCAAAAGAACGCCGCUAUGGGUACCCAAGGGGAAAAUCAAGAAGCUACCAGUGCCGAGCGAAGAGACCAAGAGGGGCCGGAAGGUAGUAAUGCCCCAAGCAGACCCAAGCAACAAGAUAUGAGCUGUCCAUCCGUCACUGAUAUGGCUCAACCCCACAUUGUCGCGGAGAUGCAGGCGAUGAAGGAACAGAUGGAUGUCAUGAUGAACGCCCUCAAAGGACGGGUGUCCAGCGACCUUGAUGAUCUGGUCCACCGAACCGACUCGCCGUUCACCGCGUCCGUCAACUCCUUCCCCCUUCCACCAAAGUUCCGUAUGCCGCAAGUGGAAAACUACGACGGAAACAAAGACCCUCUAGAUCAUUUGGAGUCCUUCAAGACCUUGAUGCACCUUCAAGGGGUACCCGACGAGAUCAUAUGCAGAGCUUUCCCCACCACGCUGAAGGGUCCCGCAAGGAUAUGGUUUAGCAGGCUGACGCCUAACUCCAUCAGUACUUUCAAGGAGCUAAGCGCCCAGUUUGCUUCGCACUUCAUCGGAGGACACAGGUAUAAGAAGUCUACAGCAUGCUUGAUAAGCAUCAAGCAGCGGGAAGAUGAGACGCUAAGGUCUUACAUAGCACCCUUUAACAAAGAGGCGCUUUAA